AUGGGUCACCUGACAGACAGGGGACGCGUCGCCAUGGUGACGGGCGCCAGCUCAGGAAUCGGCGCCGCUAUCGUACAGGCCCUGCUGAGAGAAGGGCUCACUGUCGUGGGCGUGGCCAGGAGGAUCCACAGAGUUAAGGAGUUGGAAUUGAAAGAUGCUUCAGGCCAGCUACACGCCAUAGAAGGCGAUGUCAGCAGCGAGGAGAGCAUUAUUUCAGUGUUCAAGUGGAUUAAAGAAAACCUGGGAGGCGUCGACAUUCUCAUUAACAACGCUGGCGUUACGGCAGAAGCAGCUCCGUCUUCUGGGAAGACGGAAGACUGGAAGCGUGUCCUGGACGUGAACGUGCUGGGUCUGAGCAUCUGCACCAGGGAGGCCGUGCAGGACAUGCUGAGCAGGGGCGUCGACGACGGCUUCAUCAUCCACAUCAACAGUGUGCUGGGCCACGUUCCCGCAAUCGACGACGUGGUCGUCAUAUACUGCGCCAGCAAACACGCCGUCAGGGUGCUGCUCGAGGGGCUGCGGCUGGACCUGGUCGCCAAGAAGAGCCGCAUCCGUGUCGGGCAAAUAUCUCCGGGAGCAGUAAUGACGGAAAUUUGGGACUAUCAGACGAAAUUUUCGAAAGAAGUAGCCAUGGCGAUGCCGCACAUGCAACCAGAGGACGUGGCAGCGGCCGUGGUGUACAUGCUGUCCCAGCACCCACGUGUUCAGUGGUUUGAAGAAGAUGAUUCUUGCGAGGAAGGAAAUAUUUUUGAAGAUGCAAGUAGUGAAGAAUCAGCCAAUGAACCUGCAGAUGUAAGUAUUGAGGCAGAUGACAAUCCGUCCAAUAAUAUUACUUCAUCAGAGUCUGAAAAUUAA